CCUCACUCAUUUUUCCUCUUUCAUCGUUCAUACCCUACCCCUCAAACAUAUUCAUAGGUACACACCACACCUCGUAUCCAUUUACACCACCCACUCCCUCCGAUCCGGGUCCGUUGGCCAGGUUCUGGACUUAGUUACCUACCCGCGCCCGCCUUCAUCUCUGCCCCGCGCCGGUGUCAGACGUCAUACACCUAUACUCCGUUGCACACGACUUCCGAAAGAAUUUGUCUGGCGCCAGGGAAGUUGAGAUUUCACACACAGGUCAUCAGCAACUCGCUCCGAGAGCGUCCUGUUCAGUCAUGUUCGCUACUAAGCGGUUGGGCAAGGAGCUCCUUAAGAUGAAAGAGCACCUUCCCCCCGGGAUUACAAUCGCCAAGUCGGAGAACUUAGAAGAGUGGCAUAUGGAUCUUCAAGUGCUCGAUGACAAUCCGCUGUAUCAGGACCAAACCUACAGACUCAAGUUCACUUUUGGGUCGAAAUACCCGAUAGAACCCCCAGAAGUCCAAUUCAUCGAAAGCCCUUCCACCCCCUCCACCCCCCGCCCAAUCCCCAUCCACCCACACAUCUACAGCAACGGAAUCAUCUGCCUCGACCUCCUCAGCUCCGCCGGCUGGUCCCCCGUACAAACAGUCGAAAGCGUCUGCGUCAGCAUCCAAAGCAUGCUAACGGCCAACACGCGCAACGAGCGACCACCCGGUGAUAGCGACUUCGUCUCGUAUAACCGGCGGAGACCGCGCGAUAUAAACUUUUUCUAUGAUGACGAUAAUGUUUGAGAUAUAGCACUCUGGCAGGUGUUCAUGGUGUCGCGAUGGAUGGCGCGGCUGGGACGGGACAGAUCAGACCCCGUGGACGAGGGAGGGGGGGUGGAGAGGACCAAUCGUCCCAGGGUGAGGUUAUACGCCGGUUGUCUUCCGGGGGACAGACAGGGAGUAUUAUCGAGUAUUGUCGACAAGAAGUAGGAGAGAGCGUGGUCUCGUUCUUUUGGUUCGCUUCGUUGGCACCUACCCUUCCCCACUCUUCAAUGCAUUGGUAUAGGCGCAAGUCCUUUACGGGAGUUUUCAUGGCUGGGCCGAUGGUGGUGUUCCUAUUUAUCAUUAUCACCAUUGUUAUCACCAUUGUUGUCACCCUAUUUUUACCCUCUUCCGUUGUGACUUAUUAUCUACAUACCUACCUAGAAUAUCAUGCACAUGGGUUAUUGAGUG